GUGAAGUGACUGUGAGCGGAUCUCUCUCGCGCGCGCUCUGAACACCGGCGCGCGCCUCCGGAGAACUCUGUCUGAUCUGUGACGCUUGUCCUGCAGACUAUCACUGACAUUAUAACCAGAUUAUCAGGAGAAAUGUAUCACCAGGACAUGGAAGGAGUAGUUUUGCUGCCGGUUUCUGUGUUGGAAAAUUGGAGAGGAAUAAUGCUGCGCUGAGUCAACAAGAAAUAGGUCAGGGAUGGUGGAAGACGACGGUCAUGUGGUGAAGGAGAAAACAGAGGCACGGACAUCGGAAUGCCACAGGCUGUCUCACUGCUGCCCUUCCUGCUGGCGCUCAUGGGAUAUGCUUUUGCAGGCCUCAAUAUCUGGCCCUCCUUCCAUGUUGCCCUUAGCAACGCCAGUGUAUUUGUGGACUUCAGCACAAAAUCCAACAGCAGCACCAUCCGCAACAUGAGCCUCUCUCUGGUCAACACGGAAACCAACACCACCCUUCUCACCAGGAUUCUCCCCAAUGACCAAUCGACCGGUAGGGUGGAGUUCAACUGUUCUUGCUUCCUGUAUGCAGGGACUUUCCGGUUCCUGCUGAGGCAGACCAGCAUCUCUGCUGUUUCCCGUGGUAAUGGCACACAUGACAGUAGCGUGGAGAGCACUACCUGGUGGUGGAGUUCAGAACUGCAGGUGCAGUGGCCCACCUUUCACAUCGCUGUGGACAGGGCUGGAAACCAAUCAGGAUCUUUUCAGGUUGGGAUAUCCACUAAUGAACACUUUCAGGCUUGCUCCAGUGGCAUUGACUCAGCUCUCUUCCUAGAAGUCAGUUACAUGGAGUACAACCAGAUAGGGCGAAACAGCAUCGACAAGGUCCAAGCCCGCACACGACACCCAAUCAAACCCCUCCGUUCCCAGAGUAUUGAGCUGUCCUGCGCCUUCCCCUUCACAGAGAGAGACUUCAUACGAGUGGCUCUGCGGUCUCCUCAUGCAGCGCAGGAUGUGAAGAGCUCUGGACCUCUCUACCUGUCCCGUAUCUUCUCCUACAAGCUGCUGGUGGAAAACACCAAUGCUUACAGGAGUGGCUGUGAAGGGACUAUGACUGUUAAACUGAUAACCCCGCCUUGUGCUCACAUCAAUGGGAAAGUAUUGCUGUAUAAGGAUGCAGGUGUUGUACGAGGGGUUGCUGUUUCCUCUGGGAUGGAUGCAGGUGGAACAGCACUGAUGGGGUUUGGACCAGAGGAGCCGUCUUCACCUCUGUUGGCCUAUAACUGGCUGACUCAGGGAGAGAAUGAGACAGAAUUCAACUGUUCUGUGUUUUACCCAGGAAGGAAUAAGUACUGUUUUCGCUUUGUUUUCAACUUCAGUCGCUCCCCUAGUCCUGCACAGACCUGUUUGGUGGUUCACAAGAGUGCAGAGUCAUGGGGCCCAUGGCUGCCCUGGAGUGUGUGCAGUGUGAGCUGUGGAGAGGGCGUGAGGGAGCGAGUGCGUGAGUGUUUGCUGCCCUCAGGUGUGGGAGGGAUGCAGUGCACUGGCAUGGUGAAGGAACAGUCCCUCUGCUCACUGGAGGACUGUGUCGUGUUGCCUGCUCCUUCACCAUCCCUCCCCCCUGUGACUGUCGGAGCUGCCCCCCUAGGUGGUAACAUGGUCGUGGUGGCAGGUAUCUCCCUUUGCCUGGCUGUGAUUCUGGCUACUGUUGUGGUGACUUUGUGGAGAAAGCUUUGCAAGACCCCUCAGUGCAGCUCUGUCCGCAGAGGCUCCAUGCAUUCCCCCGGAGGACGCAAGCUCUCAGAUGAGGCUUCCAUUUUUGGCCACAGCCUCCAAAGACCCAGCCUGACUGACGGACAUGGCCCACCGGGGGGCAUGGGUGUGGGUGUAGCCCAGAAAGACAGGCCUUCCCUGGCCAGUCAGCCUCUCUCACAGCCUCUGGUGAUACCUCUCUCACAGGACCCAGAGAGGCUUUCCCCCACAGGUCAGAAGAUGUUGCCACCUAUAUUUGGGUACCGACUGGCUCAGCAGCAGUUGAAAGAAAUGAAGAAGAAAGGGUUAAAGGAGGCCACACAGCUGUACCAUGUCUCUUCAAGCCCAGUCCAUGACACUGUGGUAGAGACAUCUGCAUCACCCACGAACUCCCCCAUUCCUACACCAACUGGAUUCGCUCAUCCCACACUCCCUUUGGGCCUCCAGGACGAUGCUAACCACAGUCCUUUUCGUAUUGCAGCUCCCUUUUCUGAGCCACCAUCACAAACUUCCAGGGUCACAUCAGACAGAGUUGGUCUCAGAGUGGAGCUGGUCCUAGGUCCUUCUACUCAUGCAAGUGGGGGCAGCUCGAAAUGGCGUGACCGCACUGCUGACUGGGUGGAGAUGGUGGAGAGGAGUGGGUUAGCAGGUUUCAGAGGAGGAGGAGAUACAGGAAUGGGAAACUCUUAUCAUAAGAAUCCAAAUUUCCGCAGGACCUCCAGUUUUAACGACCCCAAACCUCAGCCUCUAUCCUCUGUACACUCGAGACAGUUCAGAGAAAGGAGCAUGACCCAGGUGGGAUCUCGGACCCUUCCUGAAGGAAGUUGUUGGAAUAAAGGAGGACGGGAAAGGCAGCCAUACAGCUCUUACCCCAUUCCAGAGCACGGGGCCCCUGAGUGGGCUAAACCCAGACCCCAGAGAAAUGACCAGAGGAAGCCCUGGAUAGAGACAGCUGCUCCUUCUCACAACAAUGAACUCAAACACACAGGAACCAACACAAACAGCAUUUCAGUAUCUGAGAACAAUGCCAACGCAGACCUCCACUGUACUGGGGAAAGGCAAAGGAGUAGUGAGACAGGAGUUAGAGAAGGAAUCUCAGGGAUCGGGGGUCCAGCUGCAGGGCACGCCAGCUUGAGUGUGGAUCGGGCCGAGCGUGCUGAGCAGAACUGGAACCGUCGUGGACCAUCGCCUAUCCAGAGAAAUAUCCUUGCUCGUAAAUUAAAGGAGGCCCAGUCCUGCUCUGGGGUCAAGGGGCGGCAGCGCAGCUCCACCUUUAGUGUACCGCCAUCGGAACAGAGGAAAGGUCGCUGUCGCUCGCUGCCAAUGUCUGGAGGCUACAGUAGCAGUGGCAGCUCACCUUACAGGCUGAGUGAGGCAGAGCAGAUGAUGCUGGACCUAGAUCUGUCCUCAGCAUAUGGAGGGGAGGAGUAGAGGUUUGUAGUACUGUGCCAGGGAGGACUUGCCAUCACUAUUUACAUUUAUUCCUAACCUUAAAUUCACCCUAAGAUCUAAAUCAUAUAUUUUGUCUCUUACCUGUGGUGCUUUUUAUUAAUCCAGAUUGUUUUGGUGUGAGUUGCUGAGUGUUGGAGAUAUCGGCCGUAGAGAUGUCUGCCUUUUCUUUAAUAUAAUGACACUAGAUGGCACUCUGCAAAGUGCCAAAAAAUAGAUUUGAAAACCCAACAGGAAAGUAGGCAGACAUCUCCAUGGCCAAUAUCUCCAACACUGCAACUCACACCAAAACAAUGAUAAAUAGCACUACAGAUAAGACGGCAAAUAUGUGUUUUUGAUUUCUGGGUGAACUGUCCCUUUAACGCAGACACACACAUAUCAGUGACGAUUGUAUUGUAUUUUAGAGAUUUGGGAAGUUUGCUUAUCUAUGAGAAGGAGAACAAACCACUUAUUUUUAAAAGAUAUUUAAGUUUCUGUUUUAAACAUGUUUUUCUAUUGCAGAUUUAUAAUGGGAUUAUUUUAAUAUUUUCAAUUUUUGAUAUUCAUUAUAAGUCAUCUCCAGAGUGUCUCUGUAGUCACAUUGAACAUGGCCUUGUACCUACAGUAUGCACAGCGCACACAAGCUGCUGUCAGCGACAGUACUGAAAACACUACAGGAGACAGGUUUAGUCUUAAUGUUCUACACUGCUGAGUGUGCUGAUUUUAAUCGUGCUGUGAAAUCCCACUGUACCAAACUGUGCUAAAGUGAGGACCAGUCUCAAUGUGAUGUAGUUUACUGUUUCGGGACUAUUUUCCAUGUGACAUAAGUCAAGCAUUUUUCAUGUGUUUUCUGCAAAAUGCACAGUACAGUUGUAACAAUUCUUGAGGACAGUCAAAUAUUAAUUUCAAUGAGGCAUUGUGGCUGAGAUGCUGUUUGUUUUAUUGUUUGAGUAAUAUCAUACACUUCAUACAAAUCAGUGCUUACUGAAAAAUAGAAGAUACUGUACUGACAUUUGAUAAUAGUUCAAAUGAUGAAGCAAAGGGAGAAAUUCAAAUACAAAGAAUUUAAACAUGA